AUGUCGUUUCUCCCAUUACUACACGCUCAUCAACAAACGCAAGCGCAAAAAGGAAAAAUAGCUGUCAAUCCGCCGCCCCCUCGCACGGGCUCAGUUGAUGUCUACGGUGGUUUGCGCAAGGAGAUGACUGCAACGUUUGAUCGGACGGAUAUUGUGUCUGUCGUAAGCGGAGGAAAACCUGGCUAUGCCAAUCUAAAACACCUUAAUGUGGGCUCGCCUGGGAGUGAUGUAAGCGACCUUGGAGACACUGCUGAUCUUGAAGAGCUGCUUGCGCAAGGAUCGAGUCAAGGACCGCAGACACAUCCUGGUAUCAUCUGCUGCGCGAUUUUUUCGCUUUCUGGCUUCUUGUUGCUGCUUAUUGUGGGUUGCAUUGUAAGCAGCAACUCUUUAUAUAUAAAGGUCAAGCCACCUCACGGAAAGUCAAAGUCAUCUUUGGCAACGAGCAUUUUUCUUGCAGCGUUCCUGUAUAUGUGUGUCUUUGGCACGAGUAUCAUGUACUUCCUGCGCGCACGUCGUGCUCAAAAAGUAUAUCAGCUCUCGCUCGACGUACAUGUCGAUUAA